CAUAUUCCAGAAGUUUCUUUUCCAGGGUAUAUAGGGGCGUUGCAGUCUGCUAUACUAGUGCUCAAGACAACAAACGUAAGUGGAGAAAUCCAGUUGAUCUGUGCAAGAAUGAAAAUCGCAGACAUCAGUAUGAAAACAAUUGAAGGCUUCAAUAGCUUCUCUUGGAGACUGAAAGAAUGUGGGUAAGGAACCUCAUAGCUCUGAGCGUGCUGGCCCUGGCGGCCACUGGCGAAGACAAGAAGCUGAGCAGCCAUGCUACCAAGCUGGCUGACAACAGCGCUGACCUGGCCUUCAGCCUCUACCACAACAUGGCCAAGGAGAAACACGUGGAGAACAUCCUCAUCUCACCAGUGGUGGUGGCGUCCUCCUUGGGCAUGGUGGCUCUUGGAGGCAAGGCCUCUACCGCGUCCCAGGUCAAGACUGUCCUAAGCGCAGACUCCAUCAACGAUGAGAGUCUUCACUCGGGCCUGUCGGAGCUGCUGACCGAGGUUAGCGACGCCAAGGUGCGCAACACAACCUGGAAGAUCAACAACCGCCUCUACGGCCCCAGCUCGGUGUCCUUUGCCGAAGACUUUGUGAAGAACAGCAAGAAGCACUACAACUAUGACCACUCAAAGCUCAACCUCCGGGACAAGAGGAGUGCGGUGAACUCCAUCAACGAGUGGGCAGCAAAGUCGACGAACGGCAAGCUACCGGAGAUCACCAAGGAAGUGGAGAACGCAGAUGGAGCCACGAUCGUUAAUGCUAUGUUCUUUAAGCCUCACUGGGAGGAGAAGUUCCAUCACAAGAUGGUGGACAACCGUGGCUUCCUGGUGACUCGCUCCUUCACUGUCUCCAUUCCCAUGAUGCACCGCACAGGUUUGUAUAAAUUCUAUGACGACACUGUGAACAAGCUGUAUAUACUGAACAUGCCCCUGGGCCAGAAGCAGUCGAGCAUGGUGUUCAUCAUGCCCUACCAUUUGGCGCCCCUGGAGAAGCUGGAGAAGCUACUGACCAAGCAGCAGGUGGAGACCUGGAUGAGCAAGAUGGAGGAGAGGGCUGUGGCCGUCUCCCUGCCCAAAGUCAGUGUGGAAGUCAGCCACAACCUCCAGAAACACCUUGGUGAGCUUGGUCUGACGGAAGCUGUGGACAAGGCCAAAGCCGAUUUGUCCAACAUUUCUGGAAAGAAAGACCUUUAUCUCUCCAAUGUGUUCCAUGCCUCUGCCCUGGAGCUGGACACAGAGGGAAACCCCUUUGACACCAACAUCUUUGCCUCUGAAAAGCUGAGGAACCCUACGCUAUUUUACGCCGACCAUCCAUUCAUCUUCCUGGUGAAGGACAACAAGACUAACUCCAUCCUCUACAUUGGCAGACUUUUGCGGCCCAAAGGCGACAAAAUGCGGGACGAGCUUUAAUUAAUGGAAUUGUUUGCAGUGGCUAGUUCGUGUAUCAUUUCUUAAGAGCUUCUUAACGAAUCUGGGAAACGUGGCCAUUGUUAGUGUAACAAUGACUAUUACCUCAGUAGCACAGUAACAUUCCAACAGGUAAUUUUGGAAUUGAAUAUCAUGGUCUACAGUUAGGGAAAAGGUGUAUUUAAGUUUAAAUGAAAUGCUUUUUUGAUCUAACAAAUACCCCAUUUUCAAGAAAAUUACCACUGAAUCUGCAGUAUGUAUGGCAAAACCAACAGCAUGCUUAUACUAAGAAUGGUCUCAACAGUUAUGCAUUUUAUUUUUGUUUGUUAGAUUUGUUUUUGGGCUACUGCAUGUGUACAUACAUAAUCUUUAAAUGUUUUAAGAAAAUAACAUUUCUGCACAAAAUGGUGUUCUUUUUCAGGCUUCCACUGUUUUUGCAUCUCAAGUGCACUGAAAUGUUUCUCUGAUUCAGUCAAGCAUGUUAAAGAAAGUUUGUAAGUUUGACAAAGUUGUGUAGCUCAAUUUGCCAACAAUUAUGUGAAACCUGUUUACCUAUUUUUGUACCUGUAUUUGCCACAAAUCUGUUCAGCAAAAUUGUUUCCCUUUUUUCAAUAAAAAGAAACAACUUUGU